UUCAGGAAAAUGUGAGGAAAAUGUUGAGAACAGCGACAUUCCUGGGGAAGACUGGAGUCUUGAGCACAGGAGAAAGAUUUUCAGGGAUUCAUGUAAAUUGGGCGAGGAAAUUGAAGGCCAUUCGAGAUCGGAGUACUGUGGAUUGUUGCGAUCCUGUGACAAUUCCAAUUUGCGAAAUGCCCAAGGAGAGGUGCAUGAUGGACCUGCUGCCUCUCCCCUGUGGACCCUGGCAGGAGGCUUACGACGAACAGAACAAGAAGGACACCAAAGUCAUGUUGUAUUGCACUGGAUUCUUUUUCUUCACUCUACUCUGUAUGAAGAAGGUGGGUCCAGUGAAAGGAUACCCGGACUACGGAUGGAUUUACUAAUAACGAGAUUGAAGAGAGGAAAUAAUUAGACAUACCUCAUGCUUCGUGGUUUAUUCAGAAUAAAAAUUACAAUUAUUAUUAUGUAUUAUUAAAUUAUUGA